AUGGAAGGGCGAGUUCCUAUUGUCCAGGCGCCCAGUAAAGCGGUGGCAAACCGUCUUCGAUUCAGCCAGGAGCAAGCUCAGGAAGUCUUGGAUAGGAGAUAUGAGCUCAUCCAGAUUGCGGACACUCUAUGGAAGGAGUACAGCAAGUCAGGUGCCGAAAAGCGGGCCGACACCUUGCAUUCCAUCUUUUUUCAGAAAAAUGCCCCAACUUCAAAAGCUCUGGCCGAGAAAGCCGCUGCAAAGAAACGGCCAGCAGGCACCAGUGAAGCCCCUCCCUCAAAAAAGGCAAAGGGUUUUACUGCUAAGAGGAAGAAGACCACUCGGCCGGUUCCCAAGGUCGUGAUCGACCUUCCGGCCAAGGAGGAGACCAAAGAGGAGCCAGCUGAAGUUGACUCUCGAGCCCUGGUGGCCUAUACUGGUCCGGCUGAGCAACCCGAUUCUUCGCAACCUGACGAGGUUGUCAUUCUGGACGACGCUGAACAAUCUUCCAAGCCGGACGCGGCUGUGGACGGAUCCGCCUUUUCUGGGCCAGUGGCCCAACUGGUAGGCCAGAUGCCGGCCGCUUAUAGAACGGCUUCCCGUUCUUCUGGUGAGUCCUACUAUUCCAACGUAGUUAGAACACUACGGGUUGGCGGGCGUCCGAUGAGUCCGUCCAACAAACAGACCGUGGUUAUUCCCAUCAGGUGUACUGACGAGUCUAACCUUUCAGAUAAAGGGAAGGGUCCUGCUGUUGUCGGCUCCCCUAGCCUCUCUGACGAUGAAUCUUCUCCAGCCUUUGGAAAGAUGUCGUCGUCUGAUCGUGAGAAGCUCAAGACGGAGCUGUUCAAGUGCUUUCCCGAAACUUAUAUCAAGGGGUUAAGGGGAGCAUCGUCUGGGCAUGUAGGCUACAUGUCUCAGCUUGCUGCCGAGCUUUUUGCUCGCAGCAUGAUAACAGAAGACUGGGCGAAGGAGCUCAGAAAAGAGAAUAAAAAGCUCGUCCAUGAUGUAACUGCGGCCGCCGACCAUGCUCAGUUCGUCAUUUCGAGCAAGAGGUGUUGCACCAGCAAACCAAAGUUGCUUUGGAAAAAAGGUCGGCUGAGCUGGAAUCUCAGAUCAAAGUCUAUCUACUUCGGUUGA